UUUCGGCGAUGAAAUUCAAGAUUAAUGUCACCCCGUCGGUUGUGCGCACCUCGAGGAGUGCUGAACCGUCGAUCUUCAAAGGUGGUCGACAGAUAACGAAAAGGUUAAACUGCAAAAAGGAAAGGAAAACGAGUCUGCAUCGUCGCGGCGUUGGGUCGGUUUGUUUGGUUGUGGCACCAGUUAUAUCAAGAUUUUGUUUUUUUUGGGAAAUCUUUCUCUCGCCUCCGGAAUUUAAAGUGGCGUAGGGUUUGGAAUUUCUAUCAGUCUUUUGUGGCGCAAAAACCAGAAAGGCGUGAAAACAUACACAUUCUGUAUUCACAAACGAGUUGGAAUAGUAGUUACCUGUAGAGAUAUACGGGUACUCAUCGAACCUACAUUGUUUGAAGAGCUAACUGAGUGAGAAGAAAUGGCGACAUGUGAACCAGAUCCAGAUGUUGUCCGUUGGGGUCUUGAUCUUCUUGGUGGAGAUUCUUUUUCAAGUUCAGGGGAUCGAAUUAAUGCUACUCAAUUAAGUGAUGCUACUCUGUAUGAGGGAAUUAAUGCCACAGAAUCUCAAUUGCAAUUAGAGCCUAGCAAUGUAGAAAGUGAUGAGGUAAUUGCACAUGCCCUUCAAGAAGAAUUUUCUCAUCUUGCGGCUGUAGAAGCAUCGGGGGAUUCACAGCCUGCAGAAGAUCAUUUACAGGCUAUACUUGCACAGGAUUGGCUUGGUCCAAGCUGUCAAAUUUCUGGUGAAGUUGCACAGCAUAUGGAGGAACGAGAAGAAACAAAUCAUGAACAGGAGGCUAGUCCAUGUCCAAGUCCUGAAAGGUCCCAAAAUGAUUUGGAUGAUGCAUAUGCAUAUCCCGAGUUUUCAGACGAGUUUUGCACUUUGGAUGGGGAAGUGAGCAAAAGAUUGACGCAGAUGAAUUCUGUGCCGCAUGUUCCUAGAAUCAAUGGAGAUAUUCCCUCUGUGGAUGAAGCAACUUCGGACCAUCAAAGGCUGUUGGGCAGGUUAGAACUGUACGAUUUGAGUGAGUUCAAAAUUCCAGGAGAUGGAAAUUGCCAGUUUCGAGCACUUUCAGAUCAGUUUUAUCGGACUCCUGAACAUCACAAGUUUAUAAGGCAACAGGUUGUUAAUCAGUUGAACUCUAAUAGAGAGAUGUAUGAAGGAUAUGUGCCUAUGCCUUACGAUGAGUACUUGAAGAAAAUUGCUAAGAGUGGUGAGUGGGGUGAUCAUGUCACUUUGCAGGCUGCUGCAGAUUGUUAUGGAGUUAAAAUAUGCGUGGUAACAUCCUUCAAGGAUACAUGUUUCAUUGAAAUUCUACCAAAGGUCCAACAUUCAAAACGAGUGAUAUUCUUGAGCUUUUGGGCAGAAGUGCACUAUAAUUCUAUUUAUCCCGAGGGAGAUAUACCAAAUGCUUCUGAAAUGAAGAGGAAGAAGUCUUGGUGGCUCUUUGGAUCUAGACAUUGACAUCAUGACAAUUGUUUCCAUACUAUCAGUUUCCAUAAUUCACAGCUGUUUGAGAUUUGACAAUACAUUUAUCCUUCUGAUGAUCAGCUAUCAUCAUGCACCUGUCCUGAACUUGUGAUGAAUUUUCGGAGGUUGGGGAAUGCCGAUCUCUUCUAAGCAGAAAAUUGCAAUAAAUUAAUUUCUCACAGUUACAGAAGAAAUGUUCAUACAUAGAAGAAUGUAAAUUGUAAAUUGUAUAUUUUAAAUACGCAAAAGAAUGUUUCAGUGACUGCAAAGAUGGUGUUUAUUGUCAGAGGAAUGCAGGAUUGGAGGUAGUCUCUGUUCUUAUAUUUCGAGAGAUUUCUAUGCAUUCAGGGUAAUUAUUAGAAGAUUCUUGACUAUGCCAUGAUAAACUAUUUUGUAUCUAUUUGCUGCAAAUUGGCCUGGAUUCUGUUCAAUGCUUAUUAGAGAUUGAAUUUUA